AUGAAGGUCCAGGAUAGAGAUGUAGACAACACGAAGUUCCAGGAUAGAGAUGUAGACAACAUGAAGGUCCAGGAUAGAGAUGUAGACAACAUGAAGGUCCAGGAUAGAGAUGUAGACAACAUGAAGGUCCAGGAUAGAGAUGUAGACAACACGAAGGUCCAGGAUAGAGAUGUAGACAACAUGAAGGUCCAGGAUAGAGAUGUAGACAACAUGAAGGUCCAGGAUAGAGAUGUAGACAACAUGAAGGUCCAGGAUAGAGAUGUAGACAACACGAAGGUCCAGGAUAGAGAUGUAGACAACACGAAGGUCCAGGAUAGAGAUGUAGACAACACGAAGGUCCAGCAUAGAGAUGUAGACAACACGAAGGUCCAGGAUAGAGAUGUAGACAACAUGAAGGUCCAGGAUAGAGAUGUAGACAACAUGAAGGUCCAGGAUAGAGAUGUAGACAACAUGAAGGUCCAGGAUAGAGAUGUAGACAACAUGAAGGUCCAGGAUAGAGAUGUAGACAACACGAAGGUCCAGGAUAGAGAUGUAAACAACAUGAAGGUCCAGGAUAGAGAUGUAGACAACAUGAAGGUCCAGGAUAGAGAUGUAGACAACAUGAAGGUCCAGGAUAGAGAUGUAGACAACACGAAGGUCCAGCAUAGAGAUGUAGACAACAUGAAGGUCCAGGAUAGAGAUGUAGACAACAUGAAGGUCCAGGAUAGAGAUGUAGACAACACGAAGGUCCAGGAUAGAGAUGUAGACAACAUGAAGGUCCAGGAUAGAGAUGUAGACAACAUGAAGGUCCAGGAUAGAGAUGUAGACAACAUGAAGGUCCAGGAUAGAGAUGUAGACAACAUGAAGGUCCAGGAUAGAGAUGUAGACAACAUGAAGGUCCAGGAUAGAGAUGUAGACAACAUGAAGGUCCAGGAUAGAGAUGUAGACAACAUGAAGGUCCAGGAUAGAGAUGUAGACAACAUGAAGGUCCAGGAUAGAGAUGUAGACAACAUGAAGGUCCAGGAUAGAGAUGUAGACAACAUGAAGGUCCAGGAUAGAGAUGUAGACAACAUGAAGGUCCAGGAUAGAGAUGUAGACAACAUGAAGGUCCAGGAUAGAGAUGUAGACAACAUGAAGGUCCAGGAUAGAGAUGUAGACAACAUGAAGGUCCAGGAUAGAGAUGUAGACAACAUGAAGGUCCAGGAUAGAGAUGUAGACAACACGAAGGUCCAGGAUAGAGAUGUAGACAACAUGAAGGUCCAGGAUAGAGAUGUAGACAACAUGAAGGUCCAGGAUAGAGAUGUAGACAACAUGAAGGUCCAGGAUAGAGAUGUAGACAACAUGAAGGUCCAGGAUAGAGAUGUAGACAACAUGAAGGUCCAGGAUAGAGAUGUAGACAACAUGAAGGUCCAGGAUAGAGAUGUAGACAACAUGAAGGUCCAGGAUAGAGAUGUAGACAACAUGAAGGUCCAGGAUAGAGAUGUAGACAACAUGAAGGUCCAGGAUAGAGAUGUAGACAACAUGAAGGUCCAGGAUAGAGAUGUAGACAACAUGAAGGUCCAGGAUAGAGAUGUAGACAACACGAAGGUCCAGGAUAGAGAUGUAGACAACACGAAGGUCCAGGAUAGAGAUGUAGACAACACGAAGGUCCAGGAUAGAGAUGUAGACAACAUGAAGGUCCAGGAUAGAGAUGUAGACAACAUGAAGGUCCAGGAUAGAGAUGUAGACAACAUGAAGGUCCAGGAUAGAGAUGUAGACAACAUGAAGGUCCAGGAUAGAGAUGUAGACAACAUGAAGGUCCAGGAUAGAGAUGUAGACAACAUGAAGGUCCAGGAUAGAGAUGUAGACAACAUGAAGGUCCAGGAUAGAGAUGUAGACAACAUGAAGGUCCAGGAUAGAGAUGUAGACAACAUGAAGGUCCAGGAUAGAGAUGUAGACAACAUGAAGGUCCAGGAUAGAGAUGUAGACAACAUGAAGGUCCAGGAUAGAGAUGUAGACAACAUGAAGGUCCAGGAUAGAGAUGUAGACAACAUGAAGGUCCAGGAUAGAGAUGUAGACAACAUGAAGGUCCAGGAUAAAGAUGUAGACAACAAACACGUGUAA